ACGGCGGCGGCGGCGCACGGCGGCGGCGGCGGCUCCACUUUCCAGGACUCAGGGGCGGCGACAGCGCCAGCCGCGGGCAGCAGGCUGGGCAGCCGGAGCUGGAACGGCCGGGCGCGGCGGCGGCGCCGGGGGAUCUAAAAUGUCCACUGAGGCACAAAGAGUUGACGACAGUCCGGGCACUAGUGGAGGAAGCUCCGAUGGAGACCAGCGUGAGAGUGUCUAGUGGGAACCAGAGAGAGAGCAGGUUCAGCCGAAGAAGAAGGAGGGGAAGAUAUCCAGCAAAACAGCUGCUAAACUGUCUACUAGUGCUAAAAGAAUUCAGAAGGAACUUGCAGAAAUUACGUUGGGCCCACCCCCCAACUGUAGAUUUUCAGAGUAAUCUCCACAAAGUGUACCAGGCUAUAGAGGAGGCCGACUUCUUCGCCAUCGAUGGGGAGUUUUCAGGAAUCAGCGAUGGACCUUCAGUCACCGCAUUAACAAAUGGUUUUGACACUGCAGAAGAAAGGUAUCAGAAGCUUAAAAAGCAUUCCAUGGACUUUUUGCUGUUUCAGUUUGGCCUUUGCACUUUUAAGUAUGACUACACAGAUUCAAAGUAUAUAACAAAGUCUUUUAACUUCUAUGUUUUCCCGAAACCCUUCAAUAGAUCCUCACCAGAUGUCAAAUUUGUUUGUCAGAGCUCAAGCAUUGACUUUCUAGCAAGCCAAGGAUUUGAUUUUAAUAAGGUUUUUCGCAACGGAAUUCCGUACUUAAAUCAGGAAGAAGAAAGACAGUUAAGAGAGCAGUAUGAUGAGAAGCGUUUGCAGUCCAACGGCGCAGGUGCUCUGUCCUACACGUCUCCUAACACUUCAAAGUGUCCCGUGACAAUUCCUGACGAUCAGAAGAAGUUUAUUGACCAAGUAGUGUUCCAAAGAAAACUGAUUUAUCAGACUUUGAGCUGGAAGUAUCCCAAAGGCAUUCAUGUUGAGACUUUAGAAACUGAAAAGAAAGAGCGAUACAUUGUUAUCAGCAAAGUAGAUGAAGAAGAACGCAGAAGAGAGCAGCAGAAACACGCUAAGGAACAGGAAGAACUGAAUGAUGCCGUGGGAUUUUCUAGAGUCAUUCAUGCCAUUGCUAAUUCGGGGAAGCUUGUCAUUGGACACAACAUGCUCUUGGAUGUCAUGCACACGGUUCAUCAGUUCUACUGCCCUCUGCCCGCGGACUUAAAUGAAUUUAAGGAGGUGACAACAUGUGUUUUCCCCAGGCUCUUGGAUACAAAAUUGAUGGCCAGCACACAACCUUUUAAGGAUAUCAUUAACAACACAUCCCUUGCAGAAUUGGAAAAGCGGUUAAAAGAGACACCUUUCAACCCUCCUAAAGUUGAAAGUGCAGAAGGCUUUCCGAGUUACGACACGGCUUCUGAGCAGCUCCACGAGGCCGGCUAUGAUGCUUAUAUUACAGGACUGUGUUUCAUCUCCAUGGCCAACUACCUAGGUUCUUUUCUUAGUCCUCCAAAGAGUCAUGUAUCUGCCAGAUCAAAACUCAUCGAACCUUUUUUUAACAACUCUCUGCCGCAGACAUCAUCGCACCGGUAUUAUGAGACUGCUGUAGCUUUCCAGUCAUUGCUAUUCCAGAUUCCUGGUUAUGAUGAUGCCUCUACAAUUUGUUUUGGAAAACCUGGUUUUCUGAAUUGCUGAAAUUGUGCCAGUGCA